UUCUGAAAAUAUCAAUUUUUAAGAAAAACCUUCAGAAGCCAGCCCCUUGGUCGCUUUUAUAUGCAGAUGACAUAGUCCUUGUAGCAGAAAAUUUACAACAGGUUCAAAUAGACUUAACAGCAUGGUGCUCAGCAUUAGAAAGUCGAGGGUUGAGAGUAAGUCGUACCGUACUAAAACAGAAUACAUGCACUGUAACUUCUCAGGAAUCAGAACAUCUAACAUCAGCGUGUCACAACCUCAGCUUGAUGGCACCCCUUUAAAACAAGUUGACCACUUCAAAUACUUGGUAUCUACUCUUCCAUCUACAGCUACCGUUGACUGAGACAUCAAGGACCGAAUAACAGCUGCAUGGCUGAAAUGGCGAUCAUUGACGGUAGUCAUCUGCGAUGUAAAAAUGCCCAUCGAGGUCAAAGGAAACAUAUAUAAGAGAGCAAUUAGGCCAGUUUUAAUGUAUGGAUCUGAAUGUUGAGCUAUGCGAAAUACAGAUGAACAACAAAUUCAUGUUACAGAGAUGAAGAUGCUCCGGUAGUCGGGAGGUGUAACCUUGAAAGACAAAGUUAGGAAUGAAUAUGUAAGAGGAACAUUUAAAGUUGCUAAUAUAACUGAUAAGCUGAAAGAAAAUCGCUUGCGCUGGUACAGGCACGUAAUGAUAUGCGGUGAGGAUCACAUGACCAGACUCGUCAUGGAAAUUGAACAGCCUAGGAGACUCCCUGGUAGACCGCCGACAACCUGGAUGGGUACCAUCUCCAAGGAUAUGAGGACAACGGAUUUAGAGCCUGAGCUGACUCAGCAGCGCUGGGAAUAGCGGAAGGAUUAAGAGGGACGACCCCAAGAGAAAUGGGACAUAGGCUCAGAAGAAGAUCAAUUUUUUUACUGGUGGAUCAACUCAGGAGUACUAUCAAAUCGGUUGAACUAUCAAUUCACUUGAACCAGCAAAUAGAAAUAAGCUUGCAUUUUUUGAAAGUAGGUUCAACUCACUUGAAUGAACAACAAGAAUGAACCUUGUACCGUUUGAAAGUAAGUAUGUGUUAAGAAUAGCAUGCAAUCAUUGAAAACAGCAAUUUCUGCUGGAUUUGACCAGUUUCAAGAACAAUGAAACCAUUUUAUGUAGAUACAUUAAUUCCAGUGUUGGAUACCAGUAACAUUGAAACAGAUAUUCAUUCAUCAAUAGUACCACCCAUUUGCAAUGGAGUCAGCAGAUAACUCUGAAUCUUCAUGUUCCUGCAUCUUUACCAUGAUCACCAGGUGGACUGUGGAGUUACUGUUUGAGUAUAGAAAAGAAAAUUGUGAACCAUUCAAAUCUUUGGAGAACUUUCUUGAUUCAAUGACUUUGAUUUUCCCACAUGCUUCAAUUUACCUCUGCAACAAUGAUCGAAUGGUUAUUCUGACUUUUCCAUACAGCCGAUGUUACUGUAAAAUGGCAGUGCAGUGCAGUUUUUAGUGAAUAGCAAAGUAAGUACAAUCUAUAUUGUUUAUUAUUAUUGUUGGUUAUUAUUUUAAAAGAUCCAUUUUGAUGAAUACUUUGUGUGGGGGACUUUAAGAUGUCUCCUCAUCAUUAUCCUAAAUGAGAAUAAUGGCCACGCCCACCAGCAUUAGAGGCAUCAAUGGGGGACCUAUCUUUCUAGCUCAAGUUGAUCAUGCAGGAGCAUGGUUGGGGGUCGUCCACUCAGUGGUCAGUCAGUCAGUUCAAUUACUGAUCAGUCACUGUUCAGUCACUGUUCACUUUCAGCUCACUAGAAGCUGCAAUGAGCUUGGAUAUAGUUGUUAAAGUAUACAUAAUAAACAACAAGUAAAUAGAUAUCCACUGUGGUGUAGUGGUUAGCACUUCUGCUUUCCAUUCUAGAGGACUCGGGUUUGAAUUAUUCAUAAGGACUUGGGUUCGAAUCUUCUUUGUAUAUAUGGGGAUGUAAGAUGUUUGGUUAAGGAAUGUAGGUAGGUAGGUAGAGUGUAGGUGUAAUUGUUUGUAAACCAUUACACCAUGAUGGAUAUCUUUUGUUGAAAUAUGAUUCAACAUGAAAGUUUUCAUGUUUCAGCUAUCAAUCAUCAUUCUUUAAUCAUGGUGGCUACAAGCAUGUACCAAGCAGCGCUCUACCUUGUGCUAGUACUCAGUGCUAGUGCAUUGGAUCCAAAGUACAGGACACAGGAAUUUCUCACUUCAAGGGAACACAGACUGGAUACAUCAAACAUCUGUCAUAUGCAACAGUGCCUGCUAACAUCAGGGAUUCCUGCUCUACAUGGUAAUCAGUCAGCAAUCGAUCAAAUGUACAUCGAUAUCAGAGACUGGUACAUGAAUAUGGCUGGGGAACGAGCUGUGGUGGGAUCUCUCUGCAAACGAGUCCACUGCGUAUACAAUCUGCACACCUGUCUUCACCCUACAUUCACAUUGUUGGACUUUCUGGAAGUGGUUGUUGUAAGGUCAGUUGAGGUCUGUGCACCGUACUGUGAAGAACAAGCAUCCAUUGUUAUUACUACUCCAGUGAGUACUGCAACUGCUACAACAACUCUUGCUGCUAUCAUCACAACUACUCAAGCUAUUACUACAACUCCUGCUAGCACUACAACUCCUGCUAGUACUACUCCAACUAGUACUGCUGCUACUACAACUCCUACCACUGUGCCAGACCCAGUAACAACAUCAGCCUGCAGUGGAGCAAGUAGACAUGCGUGAGUGUGGAGACUGUCUACUAGUAACCAGCAACCAAUGGAUCAUACAACCAUUCCUAAACUUUGGAGAUAAGGACCUGCCUGAACCGUUUGGAACGGCUCAAAACUUCUUGAAGACAUUGACAUACAUCUUCCACGACGCUGAAGUAUCAAGCUGCUGCACCGAUCUAUGCAAGGGAGCAGUCAUCUUGAAAUUCAUGUUCGGCAGAGGAUUUUGUGAAAUAAGCAAUCGACUAGGAGAUUUGUAUCACUGGAUAGUUCUUGAUAUAUUGGACUGAAAUAUUAUCUUUGUGCACUAUAUAUAUAUUUUCAUGCAUACACUGUAAAUAAACAUCAAG